AGACCGUGACAGUCUCUUAACUCCAUCGAAGAAAGAGGGGCAGAAGCGUCAUUUGAUAAUACCGGCCUCCCGUAUAAGCAAAGACAAAACCCUAGGGUUUCACUCUUCUCUUCUCAUCGUCUUUGCUCCGAGUUUUCUCAGCAACCUAACAGAGGAGGAGAAUGGCAGCCAUUGCCGUGAUUGACGAUGAGAAGAAGCCCACCGAAGUGAAGCUCUUCAACCGCUGGAGCUUCGACGAAGUCCAGAUUGGAGACAUGUCUUUGCUGGACUACGUCGCUGUGAAUCCAGCUAAGCAUGCUACCUAUGUCCCCCACACAGCUGGCAGGUACUCUGUCAAGCGGUUCAGAAAAGCCCAAUGCCCAAUUGUGGAGAGGCUCACAAAUUCUCUGAUGAUGCACGGGCGGAACAAUGGAAAGAAGCUGAUGGCUGUUAGGAUUAUGAAACAUGCCAUGGAAAUUAUUCACUUGUUGACUGAUCAGAAUCCCAUCCAAGUUAUUGUUGAUGCUGUCAUCAACAGUGGACCAAGAGAAGAUGCAACACGUAUUGGCUCUGCUGGUGUUGUUAGACGACAAGCUGUUGAUAUCUCUCCUUUGAGGCGUGUCAAUCAAGCUAUUUAUCUGCUCACUACUGGUGCUCGCGAGUCUGCAUUCAGGAACAUCAAGACAAUAGCUGAAUGCUUGGCCGAUGAACUCAUUAACGCAGCAAAGGGUUCAUCCAACAGCUACGCCAUCAAGAAAAAGGAUGAGAUUGAGCGAGUUGCCAAGGCUAACCGUUGAGAUUGGAGGAGCUUCAUGGCAAGAGAGAGUUUUGAUUGCAACUGUAGUAUUUUCUUCACUAGCCUUUUCUCUUAUGUCAUGUCUAGGCAACAAUGUUGAACCAUUUGAAGUUUUCUUUGGUUGAUUGUUCCUUGUUUUAUUUUUUGGUAAGGAUUCACCCUCUAUUGUUGGAUUUUAAUUAGAUUUUAUUACCCAAAGAAAUAUGAUUAGUUUGUUCCAUCA